AUGGCAGGUCCUUCCCGACGGGUGGCGGCGGACAGGUCUCUCCGGGAGGAAAAAGCUUUUAUGGACCGAGAUCCAGUGAUCUGGACGUUUCCGGUAGCUCUCCCUCAGCCCGACUUAGAAGGUCCUCCCCGACGGAUGGCGGCGGAUAGGUCUCUCCCGGAGGCAAAAGCUGUUGUGGACCGAGAUCCAAUGAUCUUUACGGUCAGUUGCGCUUCAGUGGCGAGCUGGGUGGCCAGCUCGACUCUCAACCUUGCUGCCAUCCGACGUGAACGGAACUGGCAAGCUGCUCAACGAACACGACCGGGGUUGAAAGGGGAUGCUCGUGUGAACUCCAGGACCCCGACUGCUCGAUUAAAGCCUCAAACGACUGUCGUUACUCUCGUACGGGGCCCGAAAGGGUUGUUGCUACUGUUCGGGCCGUUCGGUUUAACCGACGACGGCAGACUCUCGCUGCAAUUCGGCUAUCCAUGGACAGAGGUUGACAGACAAAUAGUUUCUGCUUCGAAUAGAAAUCGGCAAGGAACUGCUGCUCGCGAUGACAGGUGGCGUUUCAGGCCGAGUGAACGGGCCUGCUACUUGCUCGGUUCGGACGUCUGCUCAAAUUUCACGCAACAAUCGGUGCUGAAGGACAGUCGUACGGUUCUGAAACCCAUUGCUGAUGCUUCUCCCGGUCAUCGAACUGAGGCCCUCGGCUCGCAUGGAAACUCGCUGUCGGACCGAUUCUGCUGCUCUCGUCGGGAAAUUGGGCUCAGGUCGCGGCGCGCUACUCGUGGUCGGACGACGUGGUUGUCGGUGCACACGUCCUUCUUGUUCCUAGAAAAGGAUUGGUUCUCGAAAAUAGCCGGCGAAUUUUAG